AUGGUAACUUUACCAUACCCAAUCCCACAGUGCUACCCAGAUGACUUGGAUUUAGCUGAUGAGAACUUUAUAGCAUUUUGUAAAGAGUGCAUGAAAACCAUCAAAAUAACUGAAGAUGGUAUCAACACUGUUGAGGAAAAAACAAGAGGGCAAUCUAGCAACUCAGAUUGGUUUCAAUACAGAUGUGGAAAACUAACUGCAUCGAAAUUUGGUGAAAUCAGUAACAGAAGAGUAACUACACCGCCUGAUAGGCUUGUGAGGGAUGUGGUUCAGUACAACUGCACGCCAAAUAUACCAUAUCAGUGUCAAGUAGGGUUGCAAAUGGAACCAGUCAUCAUAGGUAAAUGCAUUCAAAAUCAAGAAAACAAUGGUCAUGAGGGCAUCACUGUGAAAGAUAAAGGCCUUGUUAUUGGUAAGUAUAAUCCUGUGCUGGCUGCAGGUGUUGAUGGUGAAGUCAGUGAUCCAACAAAUAAAUAUCAUCCAAUUGGACACCUUGAGGAAAAAUAUAAGUUAUUCCCAUCCAAGUUAAAGAAACGAGUGGAUACAAAGCAAACUUCAUUACCUAAAGUUCUUGCAAAGCACACCAAGAAUUUCUGCUUGGAGAUUACAGAAUCAGGAAUCAGACUCAAACAAAAACAUUCAUGCUAUAAACAAGUUCAGGGGGGUAUGGCAAUAACUAGAAAGCCAUGGUGUGAUUUGGUUGUGUACACUUAUUUCAUGAAUCAUGAGGAUAUACACAUUGAAAGAAUUUUCUUUGAUCCCACAUUCUGGCAAGCACCAAGAAAAAGCUUCUUGACUUUUAUCUCUAGGCUAUGGUUCCUGAGCUACUAA